GGCGGGCUUCGUCGGAUGUGACGUUGGGGAGCGGUCCUUGGGGCCGUACAGCAAGAUGGCUGCGCCCAGCGCGGGCGGGCUGCUCCGAAAAGCUCAGGAAGGAGCUCUCAGGCUGCCACAAAAGCAAGAAAUCUGGAGGAAAAGUCUAAACUGAAAAGAGUAUGAAUAUUGGCUCCAGUUCCUCAAAGAUGAUGAUAUUUCCUGAAAGAGGAAAGUUGUGAUGUCUGUGGUGCAUCGGUUGUCUGCUGGAUGGCUACUAGAUCAUCUUUCUUUUAUCAACAAGGCUGGCUACCAGCUCUGUCACUCUUCCCAACACCCUGAUGAGGCUCCCAUUACCUCCACCUCUUCUGUGAAUCCUGUUGUUCCUUCCUGCUUUGCCAGUAUAUCCUCUCCUGUUGAUGUACCUGUUCCUGAGCUUGGAGCUGCUGUAGAAAGAGCAGCUGAAAUCCCCCACACACAAUAUGUGUUUCGGGAUGGGUUCUUCCAAGUCUUUAAACCACAUAUUGUUGCAUUUCCCCAAAAGAAACCACAACAAAGAAACCUAGAGGCUGGUCACACCGAGCUAAAGGACAGCACCAAUGGAGCGGAGCAGGAAGGAGGAGCCAGGAGCAGUGAUGCGGAUUCUGUUGCCAAUUUAAGAAAGACGCGUAAAAGAAAGCAUAGUGGGCUCAACCAAGGUGAACUGGAUGCUUUAGAAUACCAUACAAAGAUUAGAGGACUGAUUUGGGAAGGUUCUACAAGUAUAGUCCAAGAAGGGUUCAAAAGUGGUUUCCUUCAAUCUAUUUCUGCACAACAAAGUUGCAGCAAGAAUGUUGUUAUGGAACAUAUUGGCUGUGGGUUGGCUGAAUUAUGCGAAAUGGCAAAGCAGUUUCCCUCUGUGAAUGAAAAUGCCCAUCAAAUUGUACAAAUGAUAGCUGAAGUGACCAUUCCAGAGCAGGAUCUGCUGUCAUGUGUUACAGAAAAUAUGACAAGUUAUGCAAAAAUACUAAAUUUAAUGGGGCAGAAAUAUCUGGUGCCUCCAAAAAGCAGCUUCCUUUUAUCUGAUAUUUCAUGCAUGCAACCACUUCUGGAUUACAAGAAAAAAUAUGAUGCAAUUGUAAUAGAUCCACCGUGGGCAAACAAGUCUGUUAAAAGAAGUAAUCGAUACAGCUACUUGUCUCCCUGGCAAAUCAAGCAAAUUCCCAUAUCAGCACUAGCUGCUCCAAAUUGUCUUGUGGUCACAUGGGUGACCAAUAGACAGAAGCAUCUACGUUUUGUUAAAGAUGAACUCUAUCCUCACUGGUCUGUUAAAACCCUUGCUGAGUGGCACUGGGUAAAAAUUACCAGAUCUGGAGAAUUUAUAUUUCCACUAGAUUCUUCCCACAAGAAGCCCUAUGAAGUCCUUGUAUUAGGGAGAGUUCAAGGAAAUGUGGAUUUGUCAUUAAGGAAAUCAGAAGUAGAAGUGCCUCCAAUUCCAGACCACAAGUUAAUUGUCAGUGUACCCUGCACUCUUCAUUCACAUAAACCUCCUCUUGCUGCUCAGAGAAAAUUGAUUUUUUUUUUUCAUCUUCAUCUUUUUCUAUUCUUUUGCACAGAGGUUCUGACAGAAUUUAUCAAGCCGGAUAUGGAAUGUUUGGAGUUGUUUGCUCGCAGUCUGCAGCCUGGUUGGACCAGCUGGGGAAAUGAGGUUCUUAAAUUCCAACACAUUGAUUAUUUUACUACUUUACAAAGUGAAAACUGACUAUUGUGCCUUAAUUAGAAGAUUCCUCUCCUGCCCCAGCUCUAGAACCUGUUUUAUUUAUUUAUUUUUAUUGCUGCUGGGACAAUUUGAAGACAAUGUAAGUGGAACUAGAAUAGCUUCAAUUAAAAUCCAUGCACUUCUGAUUGCAUUAUGGUACUGUAUUCAUUUUUAUGAGGUGUUUCUUUAUUUUGAUUUUCUCGAGACAGAAUGGAGUGGGGUGAGCUGGGAGGAACAUUUACAAAUAUCAGAGUAUAAUCCGUAUAGGUAAAGAAUAAUUUUCGCUGUUAGUUUUUUCCUAAGUAAGACUCCCAUAAAUCCUAGCAUCUUAUUAAAUGCUAUAGUGCAAUCUUAGGGCGGUAUUUCACCAUUUUUAAAAUAAGCCAUUUGAAGUAAAUGCUUGAGAAUUAAAUAUCUUUUCUGAAAGAAAGUAGGUCUUCAGGCUGGGUUCAGAAAACUGUGGAGAUUGAAGUAAAUAAGUAUAAACAUGUAUUCAUUUUUCUGUCUGAUGAGAAAUAGUGAGUAAUGCCUAUGUUAACUGACACACGGACUGUUGACUGUUGCAUGUACUCUUUAAAAUUAUGCUUUUAGGAUACUGUUAGUUUCUAAUUCCAUCUUUGUAUGAAUGAUAUUAAUUCUUUGUAUCUAUUGUACAUGAUCAAAGUCUCAACAUCUUGCAAACUCUGCAUAUUAAGGCAUUAGAUUUAACGGAGAAGUGUAACAAUAUAAAUAUUUUAUAAAAAUCUGUUUCUCAUGUUCUUGAAAAUGUUGUAAAAAGUCAGGUUUGAGCUCAUUACCUGCGUUGUGCAUUUUUUAAGCUUCACUUUCUUGUAAUUUUUAUGGGACGUGAAAUUGUAAGAGAAAAUUUAUGUAUUCAAAGUUUUAGAUGUUUUGAACCUUUCCUUUGAACUGACUAUUACUGUUUCUGCAAUAAUUAAAUAAAAUUUUUUUGAAC